CUCUACUCAACUCCGCUCUGAUUCUCCUCGCUGACUUUCUUCGGAGUGCUGCUCCGCCGCCAAUACAACUACAUCCCUCAGCGUGAAAGUUCUUCGAUAUGAACUGGGCUUUCCUCCAGGGCCUCCUCAGCGGGGUCAACAAGUACUCCACCGCCUUCGGGCGAGUGUGGCUCUCCCUCGUGUUCGUCUUCAGGGUGCUCGUAUUCGUGGUGGCGGCCGAGAAAGUGUGGGGCGACGAGCAGAAGGACUUCAAAUGCAACACGCUCCAACCGGGCUGCCACAACGUGUGCUACGACCACUUCUUCCCCGUGUCGCACGUCAGGCUGUGGGCCCUGCAGCUCAUCUUCGUCACCUGCCCGUCCUUCCUGGUGGUGAUGCACGUGGCCUACAGGGAUGACCGGGAGCGCAAAAACCGCAACAAGUACGGCGAGAACGUCCGCCCCCUUUACAAGAACACCGGCAAGAAGCGUGGCGGCCUGUGGUGGACGUACGUCUUCACCUUGGUCUUUAAAGUGCUUGUGGACACCACCUUUGUCUACCUGCUCUACCACAUCUACGAGGGCUACGACUUCCCGCUGCUCAUCAAGUGCGAGCAGAAGCCGUGUCCCAACAAGGUGGACUGCUUCAUCUCCAGGCCCACCGAGAAGAAGAUCUUCACCAUCUUCAUGGUGGUGACCAGCAUAGUGUGCAUCGUUCUCUCCAUCAUGGAGAUCGUCUACCUGGUGGGCAAGCGCUGCGGCGAGAUAUUCGUGCACAGCAGUGGCCAUCGUCACAUGGUGGCCACCGGCGGAGACCCCUUGAUGGGGGCCACUGGCGGAAGCCCCUUGAUGGGGGCCACCGGCGGAGGCCUCUUGAUGGGGGCCAGCGCUGCCAAGAUGGCCGACAAGAGCACGCCACAAACGCCUGCCCCUGCGUACAGCGUGGCUGUGUGUUGAGAUGACUAACCCCGCCCACAACCACCCUUCACCGCCACUUUGUGGUUUUAAGUCAAGACUUGAAGAGGCAGAGACUGAAGUGAUGAAUUCCUGCCUUAUAAUCUGACAAGGAGCAUCCAUCUUUGCCUUACCAGACAAAGAAAAGGGCAAGUUAGUGCGAUGCAGUGUUGACAUCAUUACAUGAGUCACACCAUGCUUUGCAGACUACACACACACAAACACACACACUCACACACACCCACACACAUACGCACUCUGUUUCUGUGUAAGAUUUUCCUCUCUGAUUGUUGCCAAACCUCUAAAUGUUUUCUUUCAAGCUGUACGAGUCAACUCGUAGAAACAUUCCAGCAGGACGUAACAGUACACUCAGAAUUGACCACUUCCCAACCUGAUAAAUGCAUGGUUGGACGAGUCUGGUGUGAAAGAACUUUACUGCAUAACAAUUAGCCGAGAGACAGCUUUAUCUCAAAACACACUUAAGGGGAACUGCACUUUUUAAAAAAGAAAUUGCCUUAUCAUUCACAAUCAUUAUGAGAGACAAGACUGCAUGUCUUUUGUUGUUUGUUUGUUUUUAAGAUUCUGAAAACAACAAAAAAACGCUUUCAAGAUGUUGCUAACAUGAGUCCCCAAAGUAGCCUUCAAAGCCCUCUAUCAACUAUACA